UCGCGGCCUGAGGGAGAUCUUCCGACCCGCAACCAGUGAACCCCACCGACCGGGAUCCACUGACCCACACGCAGUGAUCCUCAUCGAUCGGGAUCCAUUGAUCAUGCUGUGAUUUAGUGGCCCACUGACCAAUGUCUCGUGACUUGAACCCACUGACCAAUCUUAGUGACAACGAUCCAAUAAACAACUGACUGGGACCCAGUGACCAGUAGCGACUGGAUGGGAACCAUGGACCGUGAUCCACUGUGGAACCCAGUCACUAAUAUCCAGUGGCCACAAUCCACCGAACAGGAUCCAGUGAUUAUAAUCCAUUGACUAGGACCCUCUGACUGAGAUCCAAUGAUCCACUAAUCACAAUCCACUGGCCAGGAACCAGUGACCCAUUAAACAUGAUCCAGUAACCCACAGACCAGGAUCAAGUGACCCACUGGCCAGGCUCCAGUGAUGGGGACUCAGCCCCUUCCAAGCCCACAACCACUUCCAUCUAGAAGGACAAGGGCAGCAAAUACAUGGGAACACCAGCCCCCUGCAAGUUCCCCUUCGAGCCACUCGCUAUCCUGACUUGGAAAUAUAUCACUGUCCUUUCAGUGUUGCUGGGUUAAAAUCCUGGAAUUCCCUCCCUAAUGGCAUUGUGGGUCAACCUACAGCACAUGGAAUGCAGCAAUUCGAGAAGGCAGCUCACCACCACCUCCUCAAGGGCAAUUAGGAUGGGCGGUUGUUGCCCAUGUUCCUGCCCCUGGAUAAAGACCCAGUGCUACUGCGUCUUCGGUUCACAGUCUUGGCAGUUGCCACAGUGAUGUGCCCGCUCUUUGGCUUCGUCUUCUGCAUUGUUUGGUCAAUUCUGUUUAACUUCGAGGAGACAACAGCGACACACUGCCAGGUCCCCAACUACCUCCCGUCAAUCAGUGCUGCUAUUGGAGGGGAGACUCCUCAGCGCUAUGUCUGGCGUUUCUGUAUUGGCUUGCACUCGGCACCACGGCUGUUGGUUGGACUGGCAUAUUGGAACCACUACCGCCGUGUCCCAUCACCCGGCCGCUGGUAUGGCCCCCUCUGUUUCAUCAACUUCACCUUCAACAUGCUGGAGAACCUGGCGUUGCUGCUCCUGACCUAUGUUUCAUCAACAGAGAAUCACUGGGUUCAUGAGAAAGCUUUUGUCACCUUCAUGGGAUCAUCAAUACUUCACAUGAUCCUCACCUGUGUCAUCUGGCAGCAGACCAAGAAAAGCACAGUAAGUCCAGAGGAGAGAACCUCUCUGAGCUGGAAGCAGAGGCUGUUCAUCUUCAAUUUGAGCUCAUUUGUCAUCGCUUUGUGUUUCUACUUCAGACACAACGCGUACUGUGAAACUGGAGUUUACACAGCCUUUUCGUUCCUGGAGUAUUUGGUGGUUUUAUCAAACAUGAGCUUUCACAUGACUGCGUACUGGGACUUUGGAAACAAGGAGCUGCUGAUUGGAAGCCUCCCUGAGGAGAAGCGAUUCUGAGUGAGGUGCCUGCAGCCCUAUGUCCACAGGGAGGUGGACAAUUGGACUCCUGUCUGAGACACAAAGCAGGGGUUGUCUUUAGCAGGUCGAAGGUUACCUAUUAAAUAGGGAGGAGCAAGUGUGGGGGAGGGGGCAGUAGCUGUCACAGUGCCCCUGCUGUCAGUCCCAGAGGAUAAAGGAGUGUUUGAGAGAGAGGAGGGCAAGGCUAACUGUGUGAAAGCAGCCUUUGUCCUGCCGAUGUGACACUGCUAAUGUUUCCUGCACGUUUUAAACAGUCAUGAUGUGACAUUGGUUGGGGCUCAGGGUUUCAAUUGUUUUCACUCAAAGUUCGGGAAUUUGCUCUUUGUAUAUUAAAAAAAAGGUCUAUUUCUAUGGUUUCUAUCUUGGGCUCCCUCUUCAUCUCUCUCCUUGCCACCCAUCUGCCUCCCAUCCUCCUCUUCCCUCCAACUCUAUGCCAGGCCCUAUCUCUGUUACUCACUGCUCCCACCCUUUCCUCCUGCACUCCCAUCCUCUAUCUCCUGCAUCUCACUUCUUCUCAUUCUGUGUCUCCCUUAUCACAGUCAGGCCUUCUGAGAAAAUUCCCCUCAUUCAGACCAGUUUGGGUUGGGGGGAUCACGUUGAGGGGUGAAUAGUUGAAUUUUAAUGAGUUACCUCUGUGCUGCAUGAGAUUUUAAGUAUGUAUUGGGUCUAAAUGGGUUAAAUUAGGUGAGCAGAUUGCAGAGACACAGGACAUUUGAAUCAAGAUCUAAUCAGGAAGAGAAACAAAUUCCUUUAACAGUCCAGCCGUUGGGUGACUUUUGUUUUUAAAAGACUUGAGAGAAUCUUAUUGUUGUGUUCUUGAGCUUAUGAACACUGAAUCCUGUAACUGUAUGGAGUCCAUCAUCUUAACAAAUCAAUGAUUGAAGUGAGAUUUCAUACCGAAGUGAAAAGUAAUUAAAAUGUAUUUGUGCUGUGUAGUGGCUUGUGCGCGUGCAC